AUGGUGGUACUGUUGGAUGGUGAUGGUGGUACUGUUGGAGGAAGUGAUGGUGGUACUGUUGGAGGAAGUGAUGGUGGUACUGUUGGAGGAGUGAUGUGUACUGUUGGAGGAAGUGAUGGUGGUACUGUUGGAGGAAGUGAUGGUACUGUUGGAGGAAGUGACGGUAGUGGUGGUGGUACUAUUGUUGGAGGAAGUGACGGGGGUGGAGGUGGUACUAUUGUUGGAGGAAGUAACGGAAGUGGUGGUGGUACUAUUGUUGGAGGAAGUGACGGGGUGUGUGGUACUGUUGGAGGAAGUGACGGUGGUACUGUUGGAGGAAGUGAUGGUGGUACUGUUGGAGGAAGUGAUGGUGGUACCGUUGGAGGAAAUGAUGGUGGUACUGUUGGAGGAAAUGAUGGUGGUACUGUUGGAGGAAGUGAUGGUGGUACCGUUGGAGGAAAUGAUGGUGGUACUGUUGGAGGAAGUGAUGGUGGUACUGUUGGAGGAAGUGAUGGUGGUACUGUUGGAGGAAGUGAUGGUGGUACUGUUGGAGGAAGUGAUACUGUUGGAGGAAGUGAUAGUGGUACUGUUGGAGGAAGUGAUGGUACUGUUGGAGGAAGUGACGGUAGUGGUGGUGGUACUAUUGUUGGAGGAAGUGACGGGGGUCAAGGUGGUACUAUUGUUGGAGGAAGUGACGGGGGUGGAGGUGGUACUAUUGUUGGAGGAAGUGACGGGGGUGGAGGUGGUACUAUUGUUGGAGGAAGUGACGGGGGUGGACUGGGAGGAAGUGACGGUGGUGGUGGUACUAUUGUUGGAGGAAGUGACGGGGUGGAGGUGGUACUAUUGUUGGAGGAAGUGACGGGGGUGGAGGUGGUACUAUGGAGGUGGUACUAUUGUUGGAGAAGUGACGGGGUGGAGGUGGUACUAUUGUUGGAGGAAGUGACGGGGGUGGUGGUGGUACUGUUGGAGGAAGUGACGGUGGUGGUGGUACUAUUGUUGGAGGAAGUGACGGGGGUGGAGGUGGAACUGGUGAUGCGCCGUUAUCUUCAGCAGAGGAAACGUGACAGCGGCUGCCCGGCCGACCACUCCCGCCCCGCCUGUCCCUCGCGCCUCCUGAGUCUCCCGGGCGUGCCGAGCUGCGCCCACGUCCAGUACCCGAAGUCCUCUGCGGAGUGA